AGCCAGUUUGGCUCGAUACGCGGGGACUCCACCGCACCGCGAAGAAGAAAGACCCGGGCGGCGUCUCCCGCCGAUUGCCCAGGCCCGCCCAGCGCCCACAUGGCCGCCACAGACCCACAGCUUGGCCAGCCACAGGCGGCGCGGUUCACGAGCAAGGCCGUCUCUUCGCAGCCCUCCCUGGACAGCAUCUCCACCACUACCAGCUGCGACAACUUGCUGCGGACGUCGGGCUCCAGCAGCACCUGGGACGCGGCGCCACACUGGCCAGACUCGCUGGACGACAGCGGCACAGAGUUCGAUGGGACGCCCAGCAUAGACACGGCGCCCGCCACGCCAGACCGCCGCCUGGAGAGCAGGCGAUUCUCUUUUCGCCAUCCACCCGCUGCAAGGCUGGGGCCACAUCUCGGCGCUCUGAAGCGGGUGCCGCGGGUGCACGACUUCAGGGCCAUGUACGACCUGGACGCCGUAGGGGAGUUCGACGAGCCCACCGAUGAGGCGCUACAGCAAGAGCAGGAGCUCCAGUAGCCGCAGGCCUAGGACGUCGAGGCGCCCUGAGGCAGUUGGCGCCGCCUAGGCUGCUACUGCUGCUGCUGCUGCUGCUCCGCCCCCUCCUCCUCAACCUCCUCCGGCUCGUCCUCCUCC